CUUCCACGCCAUUCAUUCCUUCGUUCUUCUCUCUCUCUCUCUCUCUCUCUCUCUCUGUACGCCCACUUUUAAGAGGCAGGAGCGGGCAUUCGGCUUUCAUCGGCGCGAAUGGAGGAGCAGGUGAAGAAAGCCGGGGAAGAGGUGGACACUAUCGGGGGUGGCGGAGGGGAGGCGGUGAGAGUACUGGUGGUGGAUGACUCCCCUUCGGACAGAAAGAUAGUUGAGAUGUUGCUCAAGAACAGUGGAGGGUUGUUUGAAGUUAUUGCUGUUGAGUCGGGAGAGAAAGCAAUGGAAGUUCUUGGCUUGAAUGGAGUGACAGCCCUGCUUAACGACAAGAAUAUUGAUGUAAUUCUAACUGACUAUUGUAUGCCACAAAUGACUGGCUACGACCUUCUCAAGGCUGUCAAGGAGCACAGCAGCUACCCAUCCAUACCGGUAGUCAUGAUGUCAUCUGAAAAUGAUCCUCAGAGAAUCAGCAGGUGUCAAGGCGAUGGAGCUAUAGAUUUCAUCCUUAAGCCACUGAAAGUAAAAGACGUUCAGAGAUUAAGAAGUUAUUCUUUGGGGAGGACUCCGAUAUCCAAAUCAGGUACCAAGAGGAAGUUGCCAGUAGAUUGGAUAGCUGAAAGCAGCAGCUAUGAGACAUGUCAAUGCUGUGCUGAAGUUGCUGUGUCAUAAUCCCGUUUCCAUGGUAAAAGUUUUGAUACUAAGGUAUUAGUAGUUUGAUGUCGGAAGGCAUGUUUGUAAUUAGUAAACGAUGCUGAUAAGCUGUCUCUCGAUCCUGUUUUCCAUGGCAAAGUUUUGAUACCAUAGAAUUAUUAGCUAAAAUGUCGGAAGGCAUAUUGUAAUUUGAAACUGAUGUUGGUAAGCAGUCCCUUUUGUAUA